AUGCAGUGGAGGCCAAGCAAGGUAAGCCCACGCCAGCAUCAGUAUACAAAUAUAUGUUUACAGUUCAAUCAAGGCCUUCGAGCAUUCAAGGAGUUCCUUCAGUCAAUUGGCCAGACUGAAGAUGAGACUGAGAAGACUAAAAAGUUUCGACUUUUGAAAUCCUACUGCGAUUCGCAGAUCACCCACGAAGAGGAGCCAUCCUGCUUCCCGGACUUGAUUCAGACGUGGAGUUUUGCAGACAGCAAUAACAAUGAGGGUCUCCUGACCCACGUGCCCUCUGUAUUGGCCAUUUUUAUCAAGACCAUCUCGAGUAACCUAGAGUUUCGAGAAUUUGGAUUGGCCUUGUGCAAAUUCCUCUUGCGCAAAGAGCAGCUCAGAUUCUUCAAUCGCGGCUUGACGGCGGUCAAGUCGAAGGAUCACUUGAUCUCUCCGUGUCUCCGUUUGCUGACAGAGAUCGUCAGUUUUGAUGGUGGCGCCGUCGCACGACAGAUCUUUUCCGCGCGAUACAUCACCUUCAAACGGCUUGAUGUGUUCCUGACGCCCAACAAGGCCCAGCUUGAGGAAGGCGCAGAAGACACGCAGAAGCCGACGCUGCGGCGAAAUGCGCAAAAGUACGUACUGGCGAACCUCCGCUUUCAGAAUGCCGCGGGGAAGAGCGACAUCAUUGAACAGCACAAAAUUAUCCGGGCCUUCCUCGAGUAUGUCAGAAAGGAUUCCCGGGAAAUCGUCUUGGAGAUUAUCGCCGCGAUUGAAAGAGAUAUUGUAAAGGACUCUUCGCUGCCUCGAGCCACCAAGACGAAGUUCUUCAACCGGUGGAACCUGGAAAGACUUGUGACGCUCUAUGGUUACGACCGCGACUCUGAGGAACCGAACCCUACUGGUGUCUCGAUCGCAAGUGAAAUUCACAAGAUCUUGAUGGCUGUCUGUACCGACACGGCACUCGGGGCUUUGCUACCGGAGACGGGCUGGUAUCCCACCGGAAUUGACCCAGAAUCAUUGCCCACAGAUGAGGAUACUUCAAUUGAGCUGGGGCUUGAUUCUGCUGUCUACGUUGACAAAUACCGAGAGUCGGUGCCUGUCCGUAACGGCAUCUUAUCCCACCUUAUCCAGACCCUGCGACCCGAUACAGAUAGUCUCCAGAUCGAACUCCUGGUGGCGAUUUUCAAAGCAGCUCCAGAACUUGUCGCCGACUUCUUCACCAAGAAGACCAUGUUUGUUUCGGACCCUAAACCCACGCCUUCGUGGAUGGCAGAAUCCGCACUUCUUUUCUCCACCGUGAGCCUGCCGGUUCCAACAAACUGUGGAUGGAAGGAUAAACUGCCGGCCAUGCCGCCACCGGUGUCGGUGGUCAUUGAGAAUAUCUUACCGCGUCCACUCACACAGAAGACCAUGACCCGCUGUCUCAAUAUGAACACGGAGAUUGUCACUCUGUUUGCUGUCCGAAUUUUGACCAUCAGUUUCAAUAAACUCCGCAAGGUUUUGCGGAUUUUCAAUGCCGAUCACGGUGUCAGCCAAGCGUAUUGGACGCAAGCUGCCAAUAAAUUGGUUGCUGAGUUUUCUCGACGAUGUCCUGCUGCGAAGGACGUGGUCCUGCUGUUCAAAAGAACGGCUAAGGAUGAUCUGCAACAGCAAGAUGCCGUCGCAGAGCUCCUUUCUUGCUUUUAUGAAGUUGUGCCAGACGCGGCAUUCGAGGAAGUUUUUGAUGUGUCUCUAGUUUUGGUUGAUGUUUUGAAGCGGUUGGAAGAUACAUCUCUGGGCGAUGAUGACAAGGAAUUGCUGCUCAGUCAAUUGCAAAGCAUUUUGAAAAUCGCGCACCAAUCAGCGGCCAUGCGUUGGUGGCAGCAACCAGGAUCCAUGCAAUUUUCUGCAUUUACGUCCGUUCUGAAGGUCCUGGUGGAGGCAUCGUCUCAAGAUGAUCUGACUGAGAUCGAUACUCUUUUGAAGGCAGUUCUCCAGGAAAACUCUGUGCUACGAAAUGCGAAAUCGUUUGCCGCCAUUUUGUCGAGCUUCGAUACCUCUGACCCCAAGGCUUAUCAACUUCAACUGGCCUUUUUCGAUAACUGCGUUUGUCGCAUCGCCAAGAAGCCCGUCCACUAUCAGGACUUGCUUGGUUCCCUGUUUGAAAGCACGCCAGACUCCGUUAGUCCGCUUGUAGCAGCUAUCGCCGAGCAGUGGCCGUUCGUGGUCAAAUCAGGCGAUUCUAACACAGAAGGUGCUGUGUGCUCCUGGGCAUCGCGUGUGUUAGGAAAACUCAAGCUUGCCGGUGAAGACUCUAAGGCUUUGAAGACUGCUCGGGAUAGCCUAUCCGCCGCUACAGAGAGAAAACAAAGCAAGUCGGUGUUGAAAAAGUGUCUCAAAGACACUGAAGAAGAACCCAGUGUCGAAGACAAAAUGGAAGUCGAUUCGACGCCUAAUGUCCAGGAUGAGAAGGCCGUGGUGGACCUUGAGCAAAUGUUCGGUCCCCUCCCUGUCGAGAGCGACACACACAAUGAGCUACGACUUUGGGAGAAAGAUGAACUGGACUCUUCGAUUGAGAAGGGUCGAGUAGCCGAGUUAUUGCUGUGCCUGUGCUCACAACAUGAAGAGAUUCGGAAACAGGCCUUUAAUAGCAUUGCUCGCUUCAUGUCCAAGCUCCGGGAAUCGAAAUAUUCGGAAUGGAGAAGUGUGUAUAUUCUCACUGGUGAACUUCUCGAGACAGUGAAGCAGGCUGGGCUCGAGUCACCCGUACCGUGGAUUGCCGGAGAAUGCGCAACCAGCUGUCUUGCCGUGCUCACCAACCCGAUGCACAAGCUCUACGGCAAGGUGAAUAAGUUCCUUCAGAAGGCACCCUCGUGGGAAGUUGAGAAGAUCCCAUCUUACUGGAUCGACAAGAUCCUGUUGCACGAACCGGAGUUGGACGACGGCUAUUUCGAGGAGAUCAACUGGCUGUUGGACCUGCUGGUCAAGGGUCUUCGUACGCAAGCUGACAUGGAGAUCUAUCGCCGAGCGAACGUGUUUGAGCGCGUAUUGUCUUUCUACGAGUCCCCCAGCACUGGCUUCUCGGCCAAGCGCAGUGUCUUGCAUUUGUUGUAUCGCUCCACACAGGUUCAAGGGAGCACUACCUUGAUUACUCGCGCUGGUAUUAUCAGCUGGAUCCAAAGCCAGGUUGCUGCGGUGAACGAGAAAGAGGCGGCUGUUUUCGCUGCAAUGACCGACUCCUUGCAUCGGUCUUCGGACCAAGAUCGGUCGGCGAAAUGGAGCGGAGGAGCGGUAAUGCACGUCGUCGAGCACAUAGUCGGAUAA